AUGUACAGCAACCCUCCAAGCCGCAACCUCGCCUAUGCGCCCACUCCUUAUGCCUAUCCCGCAACGAAUACCCUCUCCGCUCGGAUCAACCUCGACGAAGAAGUCAAACUCGCCGACUCCUCCGCCGAACGGGACCUAAUUGACUCCCUCGCCGAGAUCUACAGCAUUAUCCGCACCCUCGACGGACUGGAAAAGGCAUACAUAAAAGAUGCGCUACCGGAGACAGAGUACUCGGAGCUGUGUUCGAAACUGCUUAAGCAGUACCGAUCGAUAUUGAACGAUGAGAGUGUCGCGCGGAAGUUUGGAGAUCUGGACACGUUCACGCAGAAGUGGGAUAUCGAGUGCCCCCGCGCCAAAGAACGUCUCAAAGUCGGCCUGACCAGUGUGGAAACUAUCACCACCGGCGCCAAAGCCCCGCCUGGAGCUGCAGGAGCACCACAAGGCAAUCUGUCGGGCAGCUUGAUCUUGGUCGCGACCGAAAACUUCAUCACAUUCCUUGAUGCGCUCCGGUUGAACAUGGUCACCAAGACGGCUUUGCAUCCACUCCUGACAGAUGUGAUCCAGUCGGUGAACAAAGUCACCGACCAGGACUUUGAGCAUCGCGGCAAGAUCAUCCAGUGGCUGAUCACGCUCAACCAGAUGAAGACAUCAGAGGAGCUAAGCGAGGAGCAAGCAAGGGAUCUGGCGUUUGACAUGGAACAAGCGUAUAAUGGAUUCAAGUCGAUCAUCCACUGA